AAAGAAAGAGAUUUCAUUUCACAAAAUCUCGAGCCUCUCUUCUUCUUUCAUCCCGUCCUCACUUAGCGCGUUGUUUUUUCUCGUGUACAAUCACAAGAAGCCAGGAUGGGAGUUCCAGAGACAGACCUGCUAGCUCAACUGAGUCUGCCCCCGGGUUUUCGGUUUUACCCGACGGACGAGGAGCUUCUGGUUCAGUAUCUAUGCCGGAAGGUGGCCGGCCACCAUUUCUCUCUACAAAUCAUUGGCGAAAUUGACUUGUACAAAUUCGACCCAUGGCUUCUUCCAAGCAAAGCCAUUUUUGGUGAGAAAGAAUGGUACUUCUUUAGCCCGAGAGACCGAAAGUACCCGAACGGCUCCCGACCCAACAGGGUCGCCGGGUCGGGGUACUGGAAAGCCACCGGAACCGACAAAAUCAUCACCACCGCUGGUCGAAAGGUUGGCAUAAAGAAAGCUCUCGUUUUCUAUAUUGGGAAAGCACCCAAAGGCACCAAAACCAAUUGGAUCAUGCACGAGUACCGCCUCCUGGAUUCCUCCCGAAAGAGCGGAAGCACCAAGCUCGAUGAUUGGGUUCUGUGUCGGAUAUAUAAGAAGAACUCGAGCUCCCAGAAGACUGCGCCUAUGAUGGUUCCAAGCAAAGAAUACGAAUACAGUAAUGGGUCGUCUUCGUCAUCGUCAUCUCACUUGGACGACGUGCUGGAAUCGUUACCAGAAAUCGACGAUCGGUAUUUCGCGUUGCCACGUGUGAACUCGCUGAAGACGUGGCAGCAGGAGGAGAAGCUGAAUGUUCAGAAUCUGAAUGGCGGUAAUAAUUUCGUGGAGUGGGCCAACCCGGCGGUUCUGAACUCGGUGGCGGAGUUCAUUUCCGGGAAUCAAGCGCAGACCCAAUCUCAAUCUCAAGGGAUGGUGAAUUACAGUUCCAUGAGCGACGUGCAACAUGUCCCGUCGAUGCGGCCGCUGACGGUGCCGGAGGAGGAGGUCCAGAGCGAAGUGAGUAAUUCCGGGUUUUAUCAGCAGCGUUCAAAUGGGUUCACGCAGGGGUUUGGUAACUCAGUGAACGACCCGUAUGGAUUCAGAUGCCCGAAUCCGACCAUGGGGUUCGGAUUCAGGCAAUGAUUUAGACUGGGAAGAUAAAGUUGAAAAUUGAUAAAUGCAGGGAUGGGAAAACCGAAAAGGCUACAAAAAAGGGAACUUGAAUGUGUAAAUACUUUGGGGAUUCUCUUAGCUAGCUAACAGUUUGGGUUGGCUGUGAGAUUCCAAAAGUAGAAAAUGUGGGGUAAAAAUACAAUUUUGGUCGUUAAUUUCGGCGAAGACAUUGAACGGAUGGGGGGGCAUUUUGAGUCCCAAGAAUUUAUUAAUUAGUUAGGAUAUGUAAUUAAAUUAUCGGCUGUUUGGCACUCAGCCGCAUGAACCAUGUUGUAGUUACAUGCAUUUAUACCAAUUGUGUUUUCAGUGUUAGGUUUCGAUGUUUAUAUUUAUUGCCGUAGUGACCUAAGGUUUAUGAAACGUGAUUAUAGGCGCGUUAAAUUAAUAAUAUUAAUGUAUAUUAAUUUUCCUUAUUGUUCGG